AUGGAGUCUAAGCUUCUGAAACCUACGUAUUUUUCCAAACCUUCAACACCCUUUUCUUAUUUUCAUCUAUCAACUCGAGGGUCUUCUUUUUCAUUCAACCCCAUUUCAUCUUUUUCCCAAAAAUCUAAUCUUUCUCUUAAGGUACAAGCUGCUUCUAUUGGAUCGGUGCCAAUAAUGAAAAGGAUUGAUGGGAGUGAAAAUUUGACAGCUUGA